GCCAACGCGGGCAUGAAGCGAAUGACCAAAGCAGCCGAGGAGGCUGUGCAAACUGUCAACCAAGGGGGGUCCUCCCAAUCCGUAUUGCUCAUCAACACAAGGAAGAGCGGAGAGUUGUUCGUUUGCGAAAUGUCCCUCUGCAAGAAUCAGCAUCCCACCACUGGCUGGUACUACCAUGCGGGCAUUCAGCGGGAUGUCUCUGACCGCAUUUCGGUCGAGACGCUCCUUAAGGCAGCUUCAGAAGGCAUCUCCUAUGAUGAGAUUUGUCGAAAGUGGAGGACCAGCACAGUGCUUGCAGAGAAGCUUGGUUCUUCUCAGCAGGACCUUCACUCCAUUGCAGAGCAAAUGUGGAAAGAUGAGCUCUCAAAGGUCUUCAAAAAGAAGGAUAGCGCAAAGACAACCGCGCCUGACACAGACAUGAGAUCUGUGUGGAGUCGGAGCACUGCGUCUACCAUGCACAGCCACCGAUCGAGGAGCUCGCGAAAUGACAGCACCAAGGGCGAUUCAGAGCAGAAGAUUCACCACCUUGGUGCCCUCUUCGGAACUGUCAUUUCGUCUGACUCCAGCGCAGAAGAGAAAGAGAAAGCCGAGAAGUCAGAGAAGUCGGAGAAGUCGGAGGAAAGCGGACGCUUUCUGGACCUCCUGGAGGGAGAAUUCUCGGAUGAUGAGGGUGACUGCGAUGGCAAGGCCGUGAGUCCAGUGCACGCGCCUCCAGUUACCAUGGACUUGGCACCCCCGCCUUUAUCAAUCGAGGGCCUACGCCAGCGUGAUAUGGAAGAGCACGUGUCGUUGAAAAGUUGGCAGUCGGAGGAGUUCAAGUCCGUGUCCGACCAGUCCGAACAUGACGAGGAAUGCGGAACGCUAUCAACAGAAGACAAUUCUCCGGUGAGCGAUACUUCACUGAUUUGUGACGAGGUGCAGGACCCGGCGAAGCAUGUGUCAGGCAGAAUUGUCCUGCGCAAUCUAGACAUCCCCUUGGUGAUUGCAGCACCGACUAUGACAGGCUUCCCCGUGGUUUUGCGCAGUCAAGGUUUUGAGGACCUAGCAGGGCCAUCGCUUCAAGUCAAGAUGGGGACCCAAGCGAAGCAUUCGCUUCAACCGUCCAACGCUCGUGCGCAGUCGAUCUGGGCGGACUUUUGUGAAUCCGCUGUGCGCGGGCACUUCUUCGUACAUCCAGGGACAGGUGGAGGCAUUGCCAUCCUUGAGGGCAUGGGUGACAUCACGCUUCCUUCUGGAGAGCUGGCCUUUGUGCAGCCCUUCCACGGUAGGUUUGGGAAUGUGAUCGAUUGUGAGCGGCCAAGCCUAUGGGUGGAGUUGGACGAUUGCCCCUACCUCUUAGCCCUGCACUCCUACUUACCGCAACUGGACACGGACAUGGAGAAGGAUCGUCUACGUCUGUUGGAUUCUGAGUUCUACAAGGUUGGGAUGAGGCUGGACGAGGUCAUUUCUGAGUUGGCCUCCGAGUUUUUCUACUAUGCGCCGAUGCGUCGACAGAAUACGCUGUAUCCGCGGCGCGAGCAGACUUGCCAAGAUCAUGCAUUGCUUGACCUUCUCGUGCAUGAGCUCUGA